GCCUCCUGCGCUGCUUGGGACAGCCAUCACAGUGGAGAACAUACAUGGUAAAGGCAGGCACCAUUGUCAGCAGUUUCAAAGAAAAUGGUUUCAUUUUUCACAAUUAAAUGUAGACAAGGUCUCACUGAGUGGCUAAAUGUCUUGCUAAGUUGCUGAGGCUGUCUUUGAACUCACGAUCCUCCUGCCUCAGCCUUCCAAGCCGCUGGAAUUACAGCCUGUUGAUGGAUGGAUUAAAUUAAUUGAUUUUCAGAUGUUAAAGAGAGCUGAGGUACGUUUUAUGGCCCAGAAUGACAUCUAUCUUGGUGAACAUUCCAUGAGAGUUUGAGAAGAAUAUGCUGAUCUACCUGUUGGUGACCAGCAUGUUUUGGAAAUUUGAUCUUCACUCAUCAUCCCACAUAGACACACUUCUAGAAAGAGAAGAUGUAACACUGAAGGAGUUAAUGGAUGAGGAAGAUGUUUUACAGGAAUGUAAAGCUCAGAACCGCAAACUUAUAGAGUUUCUGUUAAAAGCAGAAUGUCUCGAAGAUUUAGUCUCAUUCAUUAUAGAAGAACCACCUCAAGACAUGGAUGAAAAGAUCAGAUACAAGUAUCCAAAUAUAUCUUGUGAGUUGCUCACUUCUGAUGUCUCCCAGAUGAAUGAUCGAUUGGGGGAGGAUGAAUCCUUGCUAAUGAAAUUGUACAGCUUCCUCCUGAAUGAUUCCCCUCUGAACCCACUACUCGCUAGUUUCUUCAGCAAGGUGCUAAGUAUCCUUAUCAGCAGAAAACCAGAACAGAUUGUGGAUUUCCUAAAGAAGAAACGGGAUUUUGUAGACCUUAUUAUAAAGCAUAUAGGAACUUCUGCCAUCAUGGAUUUGUUGCUCCGGCUCCUGACAUGUAUUGAGCCUCCACAGCCCAGGCAAGAUGUGCUGAAUUGGUUAAAUGAGGAGAAAAUCAUCCAGAGGCUUGUGGAAAUAGUUCACCCAUCGCAAGAAGAAGAUCGGCAUUCAAAUGCUUCACAGUCACUUUGUGAAAUCGUUCGCCUGAGCAGAGACCAGAUGUUACAAGUUCAGAACAGUACGGAACCAGACCCCUUGCUUGCCACUCUAGAAAAGCAAGAAACCAUCGAGCAGCUUCUAUCAAAUAUUUUCCAUAAGGAGAAAAAUGAAUCAGCCAUAGUCAGUGCGAUCCAGAUUCUGCUGACUUUGCUUGAGACACGGCGACCGACAUUUGAAGGCCAUAUAGAGAUCUGCCCACCAGGCAUGAGUCAUUCAGCUUGUUCAGUCAACAAGAGUGUUCUAGAAGCCAUCAGAGGAAGACUUAGAUCUUUUCAUGAACUCCUGCUUGAGCCACCCAAGAAAAGUGUGAUGAAGACUACCUGGGGUGUACUGGAUCCUCCCGUGGGGAACACUCGGCUGAAUGUGAUUAGGUUGAUAUCUAGCCUGCUGCAAACCAAUACCAGCAGUAUAAAUGGGGACCUUAUGGAACUGAACAGCAUUGGAGUCAUAUUGGACAUGUUCUUCAAAUAUACUUGGAAUAACUUCUUGCAUACACAAGUGGAAAUUUGUAUUGCACUGAUUCUUGCCAGUCCUUUUGAAAACACAGAAGAUGGCACAAUUACUGAUCAGGACUCCACUGGUGACAAUUUGUUAUUGAAACACCUCUUCCAAAAAUGCCAAUUAAUAGAACGAAUACUUGAAGCCUGGGAAAUGAAUGAGAAGAAACAGGCCGAGGGAGGAAGACGGCACGGUUACAUGGGACACCUCACGAGGAUAGCCAACUGUAUCGUGCACAGUGCUGACAAGGGUCCCAAUAGUGCUGCCGUGCAGCAGCUCAUCAAAGAUCUUCCCGAUGAUGUCAGGGAGCGAUGGGAGACAUUCUGCACAAGCUCCUUAGGAGAAACAAACAAGAGGAACACGGUAGAUCUAGUUACAACCUGCCAUAUUCAUUCAUCCAGUGAUGAUGAAAUUGACUUUAAAGAAACGGGUUUCUCACAGGAUUCCUCUUUGCAGCAAGCCUUUUCUGAUUAUCAGAUGCAACAAAUGACGUCCAAUUUUAUUGACCAGUUUGGCUUCAACGAUGAGAAGUUUGCAGAUCAAGAUGACAUUGGCAAUGUUUCUUUUGAUCGGGUGUCAGACAUCAACUUUACUCUCAAUACAAAUGAAAGUGGUAAUAUUGCUCUGUUUGAAGCGUGUUGUAAGGAGAGAAUACAACAGUUUGAUGAUGGUGGCUCUGACGAGGAGGACAUCUGGGAGGAAAAGCACAUUGCAUGUACGCCAGAGUCCCAGAGGCGAUCCAGCUCGGGGAGUACAGACAGCGAAGAAAGUACAGAUUCUGAAGAAGAAGAUGGAGCAAAGCAGGACUUGUUUGAGUCCAGUAGCGCCAAUACAGAGGAUAAAAUGGAGGUAGACCUGAAUGAACGAAUGAACCUGCUGGCUGAAAGGAGAAUCAGUAAUGAAGCGGUGUUGUCAUGGUGCCCUCCAGCACCCAGCUGGUCGGCCAACUUUGAUGUCCCAAUGGAGACCACCCAUGGCACUCCGUUAGACUCAGUGGGCUCUGAUGUCUGGAGCACAGAGGAGCCAAUGCCAACUAAGGAGACGGGCUGGGCUUCUUUUUCAGAGUUCACGUCAUCUCUGAGCACUAAAGAUUCCUUAAGGAGUAAUUCUCCAGUGGAAAUGGAAACCAGCACUGAAGCCAUGGACCCCCUGACUCCCAGUGUCACUGCCUUGGCAGCACAGCCAGAGGCGCCAAGCAGUGUGGCCAUGGAAGCCAGCUCCGAUGGAGAGGAGGAUGCCGAGAGUGCAGACAAGGUAACUGAGACGGUGAUGAAUGGCGGCAUGAAGGAAACACUCAGCCUCACCGUGGAUGCCAAGACGGAGACCGCAGUCUUCAAAAGAGUGUUGAAAUCCUACCGUGAGGAAGGAAAACUGUCUACCUCUCAAGAUGCUGCUUGUAAAGAAGUGGAGGAGAGCCCUGAGCCAGCGGAGGCCAAGUGCGCGGCCCCCCGGCCCCCCAGCAGUAGCCCAGAGCAGAGGAGUGACCAGCCAAGUGUGCCAGGUGACACGUCAGUCAAUGGCCCUGUAUGAUGGGUAGCGUCUGCUGCUGCUGACUGAGGACUGCAGACUGCCACCACCCAGGGGCUCUGGAGGGGUCCUCUGGAGCCACCAAGCCGUCACUGCUGCACUCACUCUGCAAGGGAUCAGGACCAGCAACCUUUAUAUUCUAGAUUCUAAGACAUUGUACAGAGAAAUUCAGAAGUGUAAAAAUAUUGCACAUUGACAAAUACCAAGAAUGUCUGCAUAUGUUUAUAUUGUAUUGUUCUAAAUAAUGGGUAGCCUGUGAGAUGAGACCUUGCUGCCCUGUGGUGAUAGCAGUACUACUCUAGUUAAAUGGCUGUAAGAAUAGUUUUAUAAAAGUGAAUACACAGAUCUAUUGUAUUUGAAACAUAACUAUUUGACAAUUAUUAGUGUGACCAAAGUAUUAGGCAGUUUUCAUAUAUUUUUCACCUUGUACAAAAUUCUGAUUCCUUUUCUUCCAGGUUGGCAAGGAGCUAUGGAAUUGAAAUCCCUCUAGGUGUUAUUUUGGUUGUUCUAACUUACAAAAGUGAUUUUGAAUAAGAAAUAUUUGGUGUUCUUUUUAUAACCAGUUUUUGAUUGGUAAUUGUUUUCUGUAUUGUUUAAAAUGGAUCAAAAAUGUAAGUCUAUUGGUAGAGAUUAAGUAUUUAUUGCUGCGGCUUAGUUGAUAAACCGAUGUUCUUGUGAAGCCAUAUGUUCUGUUGAAGUCUUGUUGCUUGAGAUGAUCUCCUACAGGAAAAGCACUAGAGUCCUCGGAGUGUACAUGGCUGUGGUUUGGGUUUGUUUUUUUUUUUUUUUUUUCUGGAGGGGGGUUUGUUUUUGUUUUGUUUGGUAGUUCAUCUGCCUUUUAACCCAUUCACCAAAAUUGACCUUGUUAACAAGCAUCACCAAUGACCAUUUCAGAGCAAUCUGCAUAUUUAACACACUUAAGUCAUGUUAGGCGAGUCCGUUGAAAAUGCUCGUGCUGCUAAUGGAGUUCGAGUGCGUCAUUUCACAGGCUAGUGUUUUAAAAAUAGAACUCAAUCCGGCACCUGCGCAUGUUACCUGUUUUACUGUACCUUGUGAGGUUUUCACUCGUAAAAUUCUAAACCAGUGUAUUUUUUUAGAACUGGUUUGUGUAUAUAUAUAGUGAUUAUGGAUACUAAUUCAAUGUAAUUUAUAAUUUUCUAUGUCAAUAUAAAAAUACGUCACAGCCUUCUCCAACAGCUGAAGCAAUAUACUGUAUAUUGCCAUAUCGUCUGGUGAAAGGGUUAAAUCACUUCACCUCUUGCACUUUUAGAUGCAAAUCAGUUUUUCAUUUCUGUAAUAGAAAAUUAUUCACGUAUUUUUACAUCAUUUGUUUUUCCUGACCAGUAUUUAAAACCAAAAGGAUAUUCUGAAAAAUGGCCAACAGAUUUUUUAGAAACAGCAUCCCAAGCAGCGUGCCUAAACAUUACAUUGCAUACGGAAAUAAAAGAAUCAAAUGUC